AUGGAAGACUUCAUCGUGAUUUCCGACGACAGCGGUUCCGAGAGCUCGGGCAGCGCCCGCUCGGGCCGGGCACGGAGGCUCCGCCGGGCCCUGUCCCGGACCCCGGGCGCGCUGCCCCGCCGCACGGUGGACUUCAUUGAUUUAACUAGAGAACCCAGACCAAGGGCCAAGGACCGCAACGGACACUGCGUGAUCGAUCUUACCACCGGCGAGGAAGAAAGUAGACCCAUUGCCACCUUCGAUCUGACUUCAGACCCUGUUGCUCCCUCCCAGAAGGAGCCAGACAGCCUUCAGACAUGCGCCAGCAAAGAGGUGACAGAAAGCCAGGUGGACAGAAGUUCUCGGCCUCCAACCCGGAGAGUGAUGAACAGCACCCCGCUGCGCUCGGACACGGAGGGAAGCAUCUAUGAAGGAGCGAUCCGGCAGGACUCAACCUACCCGGGGCAGCCGAAUGGCCGCUCAACCACGUUCCGAGGUGAUCUCAGCUUCUUGGCCAACCUACAGCUGUCUUCGUUCUCCCCCAUAAGCAGUAGCAACAGUAACCAUGAGAGGGCGCCCUUACCAUGCCCACAGCGGGAUGUGCCUUGUCCACUACCAGCCCUGCCGUGCCCCCUGAGAACUUCCCCGUGCCCCCCACAAGCCUGCGCCUAUCCCCCCCGGCCUUCCUCGUGUCCCCCUCGAGCCUUGUCCUGCCCAUCAGAGACCGUGCUGGGCCAAACUCAGGCUCUGUCUCAGCCGCUUCAAGGAGGAGCGCCAUGUGCUCUACAGCCAGUGCCCGGCGCCCUGCAGAACGCACUGUGCUCUCUGCAGAAUGCGCCAUGCUCUCUGCAGAAUGCGCCAUGCUCUCUGCAGAAUGCGCCAUGCUCUCUGCAGAACAUACCAUGCUCUCAGAAUGUGCCACCCGCUCCGCAGAACCUGCCCUGUGCCCUGCAGAAGGUACCUGGCCCCCCCCAGAAGGUACCACCCUCCCCCCAGAAUGUCCCCCGCUCCCCGCAGAACGUGCCACCCCCUCCUCAGAAUGUGCCCUGCGCCCGGCCGAAUGCACCGCCCGCCUCCACACCGAUCAUACCCAGCCACGCCACCCAGGCCACAGGCUCUGGGAGACACGCCACCAUCGUCAGGAGACACGCCACCAUCGUCAGGAGACGUUCCCCGCUUACCAGAUGUGCCAUCGGGAGUUGGAUCACAGCUACCAGGAGCUAUACCACAGCCACCAGCAACCAUACCACAGCCACCAGCAACCAUCCCACAGCCACCAAGCAACCACACAUCGCCGCCCCCAGCAAACACGUCACGGUCCCUGAGACCUGGGCCACAGUUAGCAGGCCACCUAUCCCGCCUACCACCAGAUCAGAGUGA